AUGAAUAAAUUAUACAUUGUAAUGGAAUAUUGUGAUGGAGGAGAUCUUAUGAAGAGGAUCAGUAGGCAACAUGGAGUACUCUUUGAUGAGGACAAGAUUCUGGGUUGGUUUGUGCAGAUCUCUCUGGGAUUGAAACAUAUUCAUGAUAGGAAGAUUUUACACAGAGACAUAAAAACACAGAACAUUUUUCUUAGCAAUAAUGAAAUGGUUGCAAAGCUUGGGGACUUUGGCAUAGCAAGAGUAUUGAACAAUACAAUGGAACUUGCUCGUACAUGUGUUGGGACACCUUACUAUCUAUCUCCAGAGAUCUGUCAGAAUAAACCCUACAACAACAAAACGGAUAUUUGGUCUCUUGGCUGUGUCUUAUAUGAACUGUGCACAUUAAGACAUCCUUUUGAAGGAAGCAACUUACACCAGCUGGUGCUCAAGAUUUGUCAAGCACAUUUUGAACCCAUCUCUCCAAAGUUUUCUUCUGACCUACAGAUUCUAGUAACUCAACUUUUUAACAUACCUCCUCGAAAUCGACCAUCAAUUAAUUCCAUCUUGAAAAAGCCCUUCUUGAAGAAGCUCAUUGCCAAAUAUUUGACUCCUGCAGUAAUGAAAGAAGAAUUCAGUCACACACUAAUACAUAGAAAGAGACCACCAGCAGCACAACCUGUAAUUAAUCCAGCCCAAGGUCCAAUAAUGCAGAAAAAGAGAUUCCAGGGUAAUCAUCCACCAAAAUGUAAGAUCCUGAUACCUCCUAAGAGACGGGAGUUGCCAUCUAAAAAAGAAUGGAUACCUCCUAGAGUUCAGAAGUCAAUACUGUCUCAAAGCCCCAAGAAAAAGGUGGUAGGAAGACCAGAAGUUACUCCAGAGUGCAGACUUUAUGGCCAUUUUCAUGCUCAACUGGACAUCUUACAAAAGAGAGCUUAUGAUCCAAGGUAUCAGUAUGUUUCUGGAAUCAACAGAAGAGCUGAUAGAUAUCAUAAACAGAAAGAAGGCUCUACUUCACCUCCCCCUCAAUGGCCUGCUGAAUACCUUCAGAGAAGAUUGGAAGCUCAACAGUAUAAACUGAAAGUGGAAAAACAAUUGGGUCUUCGUCCAUCUUCAGUUGAGCCAAAUAACCAAUUACAAGUGCUGGAAAGAAAGGGAGAACAACCCAAAUUCCACAAUCUACAAUCUAAGAAGAAUGAAAUUAAGCAAGAGGAAUAUUGGAAACAGCUAGAGGAAAUACGCCAGCAGUACCACAAUGACAUGAAAGCUAUUAGAAAGAAGGUUGGAAGAGAACUUGAGGAGGACUCGAAUGUAAACCACAAGACUUAUUUUGUGAAGCAGAAAAACACACAUACUCACCAAGAUGAGCCCAAGGAGAACAUUGAAAGAAAAUUGGAACAAAUUAGGCUGCAGAGCAAACAGGAAGGAAAAAUGCUAGAACAGAAAUACAAGGCUAAGGGAGGAGUGAAGUUUGAAAUAAAUCUAAACAAAUGUGUUAUUGAUGAAAACACCAUGCAAGAGGAAGAGGAAAUAGAUGCACUUAAUGAAACUUUGACUUUUGAGGAUGGCAUGAAGCUUAAGGAAAAGCACCUUAUGAAUGAAUCCAAAGAUGAUACAGACCAAGCUGCUUCCAAGCAAGGUGUUGUUACUGGAGAAAAGAGGAGGCACUGGAGUGUUCGAGCUCCUCAGACACUGUUACAUAUGAUAGAGGGAGCAAACAUCACCUCAGCCUGCUCUACCGGUUCUGGAGAUGGCCAAGUUGUUAUAACUGAAGAUGCUUCAGAAAAUAGGAAACAGUGGAAUCAGGAAUCACCAGGGACACUAAUGAAUAUGUUAGCCGCAGCAGAGCUAGCCAGUGACUCCUUUUCUGCAAAUGAACAAGAGUUUGUGGAAACAUUAAAAUACUGGCUUCCCAUUAAUGAAGAGGAGGGGAAGAUGGAACCAAUCUCUGCUACAGAUAUAGAUGAAGAACAAUUGGAGCCCAAAUCCGAUGAUGAUGACACAAAUUUUGAAGAAUCUGAAGAUGAGUUGAGAAAUGAAGUGAUGGCAUCUCUAGAAAAGCUUGCAAUUUCCAGAGAUGAAGAAGAGAAAGAAAAGAUGGCAGAUCCCCCUAAGGAUGAAGAAAAGUCAGAGGGAGAUCUUGUGAGUGACCAGACAUCAGGGACCCCAAAUCAACAUGUUGAGGAGACCUGAGUUCCAUCUACUGCCAAAAUUUGCAUUGUAGAUGAAGGAAAGAACAAUUAACCCAAGUAUAUAAGUGUGAUCACAGGGUCAUUUCUGAAAUAAUAUUUAGCAUCUCAGUUCUGCUGUGGGAUUUGAAAUGCAUGUCAUAGACAUUAUUUUUGCUUCCGUAGCUCUCUAAUGAGAAGGCAAUGUGGAGUAGUGGAUAGAGAGCCAAUCUCUGGCCCAGGAAGAUUUAUGUUCAGAUACCACCUCUGAUACUUAUUGGCAAUGAGAUCUAGGGCAAAUCAUUCAACCUUUGGCCACUUCUCUAAUACUAUAAGGAGGAGAGAAGUUCCACUGAUUUCUCUUAGUUAAAAGAGUUAAGCACCAAGAGCUCCUUAACUCAAUGAGAUCUCAAAUAUAGUCCCUAAUUAUCUAUAAAUCCUAAAUGGAAGAUUAUUUUUCCCCUUCCCAUCAGGUGAAAAUCUAGAAAUUACACCUUUGUAGUUUUGAAAUUUUCAAAUUACAUUUUUCUUCAGAUAAUAUGACAAAUUCUAAUUAAUAUAAUGACAACCAGCUAAUGUGGGUCACCAAAGUCAGCUCCAAGGGAGGAGUUGAUUCUUUUAGGAAUGAACAAAUCUUUUGGUCAGCUGGGCUAGAAAUGAGGUCAAUAUUUAUCUGAUAUAUAUCUGAUACACCUACUACCCACACAUUAAUUAUAAAACUCCUUUUCAGAUAUUCAUGGUGUUUUCUACUUGGUUUGGGUUUUUUAAUGUCUCCUACUAGACUGUAAGCACUGUUGUAAUGCCUGUUUCCCUGACUCGGUUUCCCUAAGUUAUUAUUCUGUACCCUGAAUAAAAUAUUGUCGACAUCUACUCUUUCCAUACUCCAUUAAGCUCUGGUCACUCUCACAUCCCAGUGAGUCAUAAAACUCCAGAUGGCUUAUCUCAAAAGCCUGGAUAUCUUUUGCCCCAGACACUUGUCUCCUGCCCCCGACCUUCUUGAGAGCCAACUUGUCAGAACUGAAUUAUGAUCCUUUCCUAAAAUUAUAGCUCAUCCCCUCACCCAGUGCUCUGCACCCCCUUGCCUUUGUUAUCCUAAUAGCUGGAGUCCUAUACAAGUCUGUGGAAUUAAUUGCUCAGUGCUGGAUGCUUUGAGACAAGAGUCCCAUCCAACCAGCUAGUUUUUGCUAGCCCAAAUUCUCCACUAUUAAAAUAUUAAAAACCUAAUCUAUGUCUUACUUCAGUUUCUCCAGCAUUGCACUAUGAAGGCAGGGAACAUGCCUUUAUAUCCCUUUGUCUCUUCCCUUUAAUACCUGCACAAUAUUCAGGUCCUGUCUAAAACUACUGAUUAGAUAAUAGAGGCUAAAUAAAUAUAUGUUGUCUGUCUAAAGUUGUGAGGUUUGGUGAAAAAAAUGAGGUUUGUGAUUUUAAUUGUUGGAUUAGUACAAGCAGGAUCCUGUCUGAAACAACUGUCCAAAAACAGAACUAAAAGCUCAUGUAUAAUGGAAAUUUAUCUUUAAUCAAAAAUGGCCAGACAAGGAGUAUUUACUUUUGGAGAUGACAUACAACUGUGACAGGGCUCAGAUCUUAGAAGCCAAAGAAGAAUUCAAAAUAUUCAAUAGUAAAUUGAUCUAUCAGGUAUUGUUAUCAACAACAACACAAAAAUAAGGGGUAGCUAAUCAACUGUUUAUAGAGCUAUCCAAUAGUUUAUACCAUGAGUAUAUACAUCUUAUUUCCAUGAUUUUACCUUCCACAGUUAUUAGUGCUUCCAGCCCUCUCUAGUAUCCAGGGAAUAACCACAUAGAUAUCCAUCCAGUAUCAUAUCUAAUUCAAACAACUUGAUAUUUCCUAAAAACUUUAUUCAAAAACUUGAUUGUCCUCUCCUGUAUAUCUCUGUGUAAAAUAUAUAUAUACAUAUAUAUGUAUACACACACACAAACA